AUGUUAGCGGCCUGGGGCGUCUUCGUGGCUUGUGCGUUGCUGACUCCCUCCCAAAGUCAACUCCUUCCAACCGACGCGGUCAUCCGAGUCAACCAAGGCGUGUUGCAUAAUGCUGUCAGCAACUCGAUGGCCCAAAGCAACGCCCUGCGAGGCGCCAUGAGAGAAGUGCCCCUUGGCGAUGGAGGUGGUGGAGACGGUGGUCUGCUAGGAGGCCUCCUGGGGGGCGGCGGGGGUGGAGGCCUUCUGGGAGGCCUCACUGGAGGCUUACUCGGAGGAGGAGGAGGUGGUGGAGGAGGAGGCCUUCUUGGAGGUGUGGAGGAGGAGGAGGAGGUCUUCUUGGAGGUGUGCUUGGUGGUGGUGGAGGAGAAGGAGGUGGUGGUGGAGGAGGAGGUCUUCUUGGAGGUGUGCUUGGUGGUGGUGGUGGAGGAGGUCUUCUUGGAGGUGUGCUUGGAGGUGGUGGAGGAGAAAGAGGUGGUGGGGGAGGAGGAGGUCUUCUUGGAGGUGUGCUUGGUGGUGGUGGAGGAGAAAGAGGUGGAGGAGGAGGUCUUCUUGGAGGUGUGCUUGGUGGUGGAGGAGGAGGAGGCGGACUUCUUGGAGGUGACCUUGGUGGUGGAGGAGGAGAAAGAGGUGGUGGUGGAGGAGGAAGUCUUCUUGGAGGUGUGCUUGGUGGUGGAGGAGGAGAAGGAGGUGGUGGUGGAGGAGGAGGUCUUCUUGGAGGUGUGCUUGGUGAUGGAGGAGGAGAAGGAGGUGGUGGUGGAGGAGGAGGUCUUCUUGGAGGUGUGCUUGGUGAUGGAGGAGGAGAAAGAGGUGGAGGAGGAGGUCUUCUUGGAGGUGUGCUUGGUGGUGGAGAAGGAGAAGGAGGUGGUGGUGGAGGAGGAGGUCUUCUUGGAGGAGAAAGAGAUGGUGGUGGAGGAGGAGGUCUUCUUGGAGGUGUGCUUGGUGGUGGUGGUGGAGGAGGUCUUCUUGGAGGUGUGCUUGGUGGUGGUGGAGGAGAAGGAGGUGGUGGUGGAGGAGGAGGUCUUCUUGGAGGUGUGCUUGGUGGUGGUGGUGGAGGAGGUCUUCUUGGAGGUGUGCUUGGAGGUGGUGGAGGAGAAAGAGGUGGUGGGGGAGGAGGUCUUCUUGGAGGUGUGCUUGGUGGUGGAGGAGGAGAAAGGGGUGGUGGUGGAGGAGGAGGUCUUCUUGGAGGUGGUGAAGGAGGUGCACUUCCUGGAAGUAUGCUUGGUAGUGGAGAAGGAGGUGGUAGAGGACUUCCUGGAGGUGUGCUUGGUGGUGGCAGAAGACGAGAAGGUGGUGGUGGAGGAAAACUUUCUCAAAGUGUGCUUGGUGGUGGCAGAGGUAGAAAAGGUGGCAGAAGAGAAGGACUUCCUGGAGGUGUGCUUGGUGAAGGCGAUGGUGGUGGAGCAGGAGGAAGGUGGAGGUCCAGCUGCUGGAGGUCUUCUGGGCCAAGGAGGCUUGCUCGGUGAUGGCGGUCUGCUUGGCACUGCAGGAAUUCUUGGUGGCGGUGGGGGCCUCCUCGGGAAUGGAGGCCUGCUGGGCAACGGAGGCCUCCUCGGUGGAGGUGGAGUCCUCGGCAUUCUUGGGGAAGGAGGCAUUCUCAGCACAGUCCAAGGACUGACGGGAUUGCGAAUUGUGGAACUGACCCUUCCCAAGAUCAGCCUCAGGCUUCUACCUGGCAUUGGGGUUCACCUGGAUUUGUACACCCGAGUGGCGCUUAAUGGGAAGAGCCUCCUGGGUCUGCUUGACAUUGCGGUGGAGGUGAACAUCACAGCGAUUGUCCGUCUGACAAUGGACGGCACUGGCUACCCCACCUUGGUGAUCGACCACUGUGACACGCUCCUGGGAGGCAUUAAAAUUAGGCUUCUUCGAGGCCUUCUUCCAAUUGUGGACAACCUACUAGCCCGUGUCCUGAACAGGCUCCUUCCUGAUCUGCUUUGUCCCGUCCUUGACGUUGUCCUGGGCCUUGUAAAUGAUCAGCUUGGACUUGUGAAUUCUCUGGUUCCUCUGGGCAUACUGGGAAGCGUCCAGUAUACAGUCUCCAGCCUUCCGUUGGUCACCGGACAUUUCCUGGAAAUUGAUUUAAACACUGUGGUGGGCCAAGUCGCCGGCCCCCUCAUCGACUACCCCCUGGGCAAGCCGGAAUCCCCCCCUCGGCCAUCCCGGGUGCCCAUGCCACCAAUGCCCCCCAUGGAAGACACCGCCAACUCUCAGCUGGGACUGUCGGUCAACUUCCUCAGCUCCGUGCUGGGCGUCCUGCAGAAGCAAGGGGCCUUGAACCUUGAACUCACGGAUGGGAUGUAUCCUGAGCUUCCUCCUCUGAUGACCUCGACUCUGGGGGCCCUGAUUCCGGCGAUCUUCCAGAAGUUCCCCGAGCCUCGUCCCCUCCUGCUGAAGGUCUCGGUCUCCGAGGCUCCCAUCGUGAAGCUGAAGAAAGACAUGGGGUUGAUUCAACUUCAAGCCACUGCAGAAAUCUUGGCCACGGAGCCCGGUGGUGCGGAGAAGAAUCUCUGCGUGGUGAACAUUGAAGCUUCUUUGCUGGCCAAAUUCUCCGUCGAAGACAACAAGCUCAAAAUCAGUGCUCAACUCGACAAGUCCCGUGUUCAGCUGGUUUCCUCCAACGUUGGGACAUUUGACGUCUCCCUGAUGGAGGGACUGGUGGGCAAGAUCUUUGAAGUGGCCUUCCUUCCUGCCAUGAACGAGAUCUUGGGCGGAGGGGUCCCCCUCCCCAAACUCCUGAACAUCGAUUUCAACAACGCUUCAGUCGAUGUCAUCGAAGAUCUGCUGGUGUUGUCUGCGUAA